GUUUCACAAGAUACCGAUUCCACGCAGAGCAUGUUGCGCCGAUUGAGUCGCGCGAUUCCGACGCGUCCGUGGACGUCGCUUCCGUUGACUGCGUCGCGCCAAUUCAACCAUGCGCCCAAGCUCACGGCGCUGCCUCGCGCCUUGGAGCAUUUCACCCACGGCCAUGCGUUCUGCACGGCGGCGACGGGCAGCGUCGAGACGAGUGCGCAUGCGCGCAAGCUCCUCGCCCACAUCGACCUCAUGGAAGAGCUCACUUGCAGUGGCUGCGGUAUCGAAAUGCAGUUCAAGGACGAGGCCAAGGUCGGGUACUGCUCGACGGCGGCGCUCGAGAAGAUCGAAGAUGUCCAGGAAAUUGCGACGAAGCUCAUCUGUCAGCGCUGCUUCCAGAUCCGCAACUAUGGCAAGAUCACCGACACGAAGAUGGCGUACGACGAAUACGAAAAGCGCGUCAAGGCGCUCAAGCCGCGCGAUAUGCUCAUGAUCCAGCUCGUCGACAUUCUCGACAUUACCGGUUCGUUGCUGGGCAACGCGCGUCAUGUUGUCGGGAAGAAACCCGUGCUUCUCGUGGUGAACAAGGCCGAUAUGAUCCCGACCCACUCGGGCGCGCGUCGGCUCAUGCGCCGCAUCAAGAUGGCCGCCGAAGAUCUCGGUAUUGAAAAUGUCAUUGGCAUUCGCCUCGUCAGCUCCACCAAGAGUCUUGGCAUCAAGGAGAUCAUCGGCGACAUCAAGAAACACCGCGAAAACCGCGAUGUGUGUGUCAUUGGCGCGGCCAACGCGGGCAAGAGCACGUUCCUAAACGCACUCAUCUCGCACGUGUCCAAGAGCAAAAAGUUUGGCGGCAAGGCGACGCAGCGCCGUGAACUCGAGGACAUUUCUCUCGACGACUUUGAAGAAAAGGCGCCCGAGCAGCUCGUGUUCAACGAAGACGAAAUCGAUGCGGACGAAGAAGUCUUGAGCCUCAAGCAGAAGAAGCAGCUCUCCAAGGGCGCGCCGUCCAAGCACAUGACGACGUCGGCGCUGCCCGGCACGACGCUGGCCGUGUCUCCGAUUCCCGUCGUGAUUGGCCAAAAGCCGUGCAACGUUCUCGACACGCCCGGUCUGAUUGUGGACAAGAAGCGCCAGCGGCUUGUCGAGAUUCUCUCGCAACCUGGCUGCAUGGAACUCACGAACGCCAUUCCGGGCAACAAGCUGCCGACAACCAUCUACAAGGUGGCGCCGGGCCGCAGCUUGUUCCUUGGCGCAAUGCUUCGCAUGGACUAUGAGAACGCCCUCUCGACCAAAGGCAAGAACGAGCUCCUCUUCACGUGGUACGGUGUCCUGCCGGGCCACCUCUCCAAGACAGAGCACGCAGACGACACGUUCAUGAAGCACGCGGGCGGCCUUCUUUCGCCGCCCCGGGGUCUUGACGCAAUCAGUCUCACGGGGCCGCUCCUUCCCCACAACAGUAGCGUCAAGCUUAGUGACUUCAUCACGACGGACGUCAAGACCAAGUCCAAGCUCGCCAAGCGACCGAAGCGCACGACUUUGGUCGAGCUCGUCGUGCCGGGCUUUGGGUGGCUCGCGGUCACGGGUGUCGACCUCGACGGCACAUUGGCGCUCGAGCAGACGCUCAAGAAGGCGUCCAUCAAGUUUUCGACGGUCGACGGCAUCCAAGUGCACCCUCGUGUGCCCCUCUUCCCGUACGAAAUGUCCAGCUCCAACAAGCACGAGUGGAAGCAGUAAACGAUCCUAAAUACCGUCAUCUUGACUAGACAUCUAUCAAUAUUUGAUUGCCACCGA